AAUAGUAUUAAUAAGACGGGUAUAAAACUUUGAGGAAAAUUUUUUUCCUAAAUAUAUAUAAAUAUUAUUAUAUAAUUUAAACAUUCAGAUUUUUAUAAGCUACUUUCUCAAAUAUAUUAUUAUGAACACAAAUAAUAAUUCAUCACCAAGAUUAAAGUCUAGUCCUUUACCUGUUUUGUUUAUCCCCUUUAAGAAAAAGGAGGAAAAUUGUUUUUAUUGUAAAAAUAAAUACUCCCAGACACUUGAAUUUGAACAAAAAUAUUGCAGAAAUUGUUUAUUUCAGUAUAUUAAAAACGUAACAUAUAAUACAUGUAAUGAUACAUACUUGGAUACGAAUAUAGCAGCAAAUAGGUGCGCUAAGUGUAUUGAACAUCAUACAAAGAACAUUCAAGAAUGGUGUCAAUAUUGUUCUGAGGUUUCAUAUUUUAGACAAAUAAUCCCAAAUACCCCGUCAUUCAAUGAUUACUAUUGUACUCAUAAUAAAAUAGUUUGUGAAUUAUGUGAUAAAGAAUGGUUAUUUAAACAUAAUCAAGAUAGUUAUCGGCUUUCUUCCGGUUGGGUAGAAUCAAUUUUAACUAAAAAACCUAUUUCAAUUUUAAAUUUACCAUGGUGGGAUAAUUCUAACAAAUGUGUAAUUUGUCAACUAGAACUAGAAUACAUACAACAAGAGUCAGAAUCUUAUUGUCAAAAAUGGUGUUACAAAUUGCUAUAUAGUUUAUAGUGGGUGUAGGUAUUGUUUAACGACUAAUAUUAUUUUCG